CGCUCAGGUAAAUGAACAAUUAAGAAGUGACGGUUGAGGAUGGGGUGUAAUGGGGUUAGGAACUAACCCAGAGUUGUGUAAAUCUAAAAAAAAGGCAGUGGGGGCUUAGAGUUGUUUCUUUUCUGAAAAUCUCUCAACUGCUCAACAAUGCCUUUCUAGAGGACACAGAGGCCCUGGCCCUGGGUAUUUCCAAGUCUGCCUCAACAGAGCUGCUUGCUUUCUCUUCAGAGACUGAGAGAGUGAUUGCUACAGAUAUAAGUACCACACAGUUUUCUAAGCAAGCCUACUUUAGUCUGAAGGCAAUAUGUACAUUGAAAAAUAUUUAGCAAGAAUUGGAUACAAAGGCUCCCAUGAAAAACAUGAUUUGGAAACCUUAACUGCAAUCUUCCAGCACCACAUCCGAGCUGUUCCAUUUGAAAAUCUCAGCAUCCUUUGUGGGGAAAUCAUUACCUUGGAUUUAGACCAGGUUUACAACAAAAUUGUAAGGAAGAAGCAUGGUGGAUGGUGCAUGGAACACAACCCUUGGGUGCUGAAAACACUGGGAUAUGACACCACUCUUUUAGGAGCAUAUAUAUACAACCUGCACCAAAACACAUAUGCUUCCCACAUGACCCACCUUCUGCUAAAAGUGGAUAUUGAUGAUAGAACCUAUAUCCUGGAUGGAGGCUUUGGUGUAUCCUAUCAAAUUUGGCAACCAAUGGAACUUAUUUCUGGGAAAGACCAGCCUCAGACUCCUGGCAUCUUUUGCUUCACAGAAAACAAUGGGACUUGGUACUUUGAGAAAACAAGAAGGAAACAAUACAUUCCCAACCAAAGCUUCUCUAAUUCUGAUCUUCUGGAAAGGAGUGAGUGCAGGAAAAUUUACUUGUUCAGUCUUGAGCCACGAACAAUCAGAGAUUUCCAGUUCCAAUGUACAUAUCUUCAGACAUCUCCAGAUUCCCUGUUUACAAAGAAGUCAAUCUGCAGCCUCCAGACCACUGAUGGGUUUCAAGCUUUAAUUGGGUGGACACUCAUUGAGACAAUUUACAACUACAAGGACAACACAGAUCUGGUAGAAUUCACUAAUCUUAAAGAUGAAGAGGUGGAGAAGACACUGAAAGAUAAAUUCAGCAUCACAUUAGAGAGAGAAUUUGUCCCAAUUAACCUCAAAGGAUUGUACGUGAUUUAGUGUAGUGCAUAAAACAUACAAUAAUUCUAUGCAAUUGCAGCAUCUUUCACAGUCUGUUUAAUAUGACAUUCAAUAAAUGACCUAAAAUUUGUUAAUACCAGGUUAAAAUGAGAACUCAAGUUCAGAAAAAAAGGCACUUCAGAGUCCAUGUUGAUUAGUUACCACUGAGAGAAUGAAUGGAGCCCCCACACACUUUUGUGGGCACAAAUUUAGAGACUGGUUUGAGGCUGGAUGAAGAUCUGAGAGCACAUGUGGUCCAGGGAGGAAAAGUUUUCUAGUGGCGUAAGAACACAACUGGGCGAGGAGUCCUGGAGUUUUUCUGCUACUGACAUAUAUAUGCUCUGUGACCAUUAGGGAAAUCACACUGGCUGAAAUUUCCAAACUUGGCUGCUUAAAUUUAGACACCUGAAGAUCAGACCACUUAUUUAGGUCUGAACUGUGGAUUUAGAAGUACCAAGCACUCAACACCAUUUCCCCAUCUGUAAAAUGGGGAUAAUAUACUUCCCACCUCCAGGGUGUGUUAGGAGGAAUAAUUCAUUCAUGUAUGUAGGGCACUUUAAGGUCCCCAGACUUACAAGUGCAAAGUAUUAUCCAAUUUCUCUCUGUGAUUACUACAACAAACCACACACGUUAAUUACGUUUAGUAUGUCCACAUUUUUCUUAGGAUGCUUUUGUAGUGGUACUAAUUCACAUCCUGUCUAAAGGAUAAAUUGUAAUAUGGUGCCCAAACUUGUUUCUCUAUUGUGCCCACUUCCAUUCCACAUGGCCACAAAUUGAAAUUCCUUAAUGACAGAUACAACUGGGAAUGUUAUCAAGGUGACGAGCAUAAAAAGCAUCCAACUGAAUCAAGUCUAUUUAAAGAAACUCCUUGUCUAACUAACGAGUCCCCUCUUCUAAUAUCUGUGGUUUUGCAAUUGCAGUUUCCUAUUCUAAAAAUGUUUCUCUCUGUCAUGUUGCUAUGUGAAAGACUCAUAAAAACAGAGAAACUGACUGUGCAGGGGAAACAGUGUCAAAACAAAGUUAACAGAGUAGACCACUGAGAAAAAUAAUUCUCUAGUCGUUUUUCCUGAUGAUAAUCUUACAUGUUGCUUUUAACAACAGCAGGCUAAAGAAGAGAAUCAAGACAUUUUCUUUUCAGUGGAUACCUUCCUUGUUCUAACAUGAUUUAUGCAAAACUCUCA